AAGAUGGCAGCGCAACUCAUUGCAAUGGAGAAGACUAUUGAGGCCUCUGAGCUGCUGGAGAUGGUGGUCGAGACAGAGGCAGAAGCCGGGGCCAGGGGGCUGAGUGUGUCCGGGGGAGGGAAGGAAGGCCUUUUUGUGAAGGAUGUGCUGAAGGACUCCCCAGCUGCUCGAGUUCUGAGCCUCCAGGAAGGGGAUCAGCUCCUGAGUGCCAGAGUUUACUUUGACAACAUAAAGUAUGAAGACGCCUUGCAGAUCCUCAAGUGUGCUGAGCCCUACAAAAUCUCCUUUUGCCUGAAACGGGUGGUUCCCAGUGCAGAUGUCUCCCGCAAACUUGGAACCAGUGUCUUUGAAGUGAGAGGCCCCAAAGCCAAGAUGGCCAAGCUGAACAUCCAGAGUCUCUCCUCCCUGAAGAGGAAAAAGAAGAAGAAGAGGAAGAGGAUGAUGAUGAUGAUGGCAAAGAGCCUGCAGGAGAGGGAGGCACAUGGCUCUGAGGACCUGGCAUCCGGGAAGCCUGAGAUCACCCCAGUUGAUGUGGAGUUCUCCUUCCCCAAGUUCUCCAAGCUGCGCAAGUCCAAGAGUGCUGGAGAGGUGGCAGUGACUGAACCAAGUCCAGACCGUUCCCUGAAGGUGUCCUCCCUGGAGUCAAAGCGACACAAACUGAAGUUCCCCCGGCUAAAGGUCAAGGAAGCAGCGGUUGCACGAGUGGAGAGAGCAGUGGCCCACCUUGGCACGGGCCUGCCCAAGGUUGGUGUGGAAUUGAAAGAAGCAGACAGAGGAGGAGUGGAGGGGAAGACAUUUCGAUUCACCAUCCCUUUUCCCAGAACAAAGAAGCCCAAGGAAGAAGCGGGGACAAAAACGGAAAUGGGAUUCCAAGCACCACAGGUAGAAUUAAAUCUCCCUCUGCCUAGAAUGGGGCCUGAUGAUGAGUCUCUCAAGGCCAGCACCAAAGCUGAAUGCCUCAGGAUCCAAGGACCUCAGCUUGGUUUGCCCAGGGUGGAGGCUGCCCUGCCCAAAGAAAAUGCCAGUGCUCUGGAGAUCCACGAAGGGGUUCUCCAAACUGGGCUGAAGCUCCCUACAGCUGAAGUGGCAGCUCCCAAAGUAGAUGUAGACCUGGCCCUGCCCAAAUUGGAGUGUGCUGCCCCAGAGGGUGCCCCUAAAAGGGAGGGGUUCAGAAUCAAAGUCCCCAAGUUUGGGAUCUCUGCUGAGGAAGCAGAACUGAAGCUGCCCUUGAUGAAGGCUCCUGCCCUGGAGAUGGCCCUGCGAGAAAGUAGAGAAAAAGCUGAAGAUCUGGAGGACAAGCUGAAACCAGGAGUGGCAAUGCCUUCUCUGGGUGUGGUAGCUCCUAGAGUAGAUCUAGAGCUCCCCUUGCCCAAGGGGAAGACAGACACUGAAAGCCCCGAACUCUUGGUGAAAAUUCCCUUGGUCAGCCUACCCAAACUGGGCUCCAAAGCCCAAGAAGAAGGGGGUGGCAAACGGAAGGUGGAAAUCAGUGCUGGGAAACUGGAAAUCCCCAAGGCAGACGAAAUAAAGGGCUCCAUAAUGCAGAUUCCUAGUCUGGAGAUUUCCCUGAUGGAGCAGCAGCUGGAGAGUGAAGAGGUAGCUACAGUGACAGAUGACAGUAAAGUGAGAGUCUCUGAGAUGAGGAUGCCCUCCCUUGACAUCUCUGCCCCCAGAGUCCAGGAUAUGUGCUCUUCCAAGGCCAUGGGGGAUCUGGCUGCCCCUUCUGGAAGGGCAAAGCCCAAAGAGGCUGCAGAAGGGGCUGGAUUUCCAUUUCAAAUGCCCCAAAUAUCACUCCCCAAAUUUGAUCUCCCUGUCAUGGCAGCCCCCUCCCCACCUCCGCUCCAUGUCAAAGUGCUGAAGCCAGAAGGAGACAUUGGGGCAAAGGUCAACCUCCCAAAGGUAGAUUUUUCCUUGCCUGCAAUGAAGAUGCCAGGUGUGCAACUUCCUAAGGUGCCAAAGCCAGAGCUGGACAUCUCUGUUGAGAAGCCAAAGGUUGAGGUGACUGUUCCUCCAGCUCGGCUGAGCUUUCCAUCUGCGACCGUGCCUGCACUAGAUAUUGAGCUGCCGAAAGUUGAGGUUGAGCUGGAUUUGGCGAAGGUCGAAAGAAAUGUUUCUGAGCAGGUCCCCAAAGCCCAUGAGGUCACACUGGAGACUGUGAGCAAAGGGUUAGAGGUGGAAAUCAGCAUUCCAAAGUGUCAGAUGGGCCAACCUGAGCUGGAGCCAAGGUUGAGGACCAUUGAAGGGCCAGCCAUCACUGGGAUGGUAGCCAAAAUCCCUAAGGUGGACCUUGCUUUUGAGAAAGAGCCAGCAGACACUGAAGGGACAGAGCCUGACCGAGAUGCAAAGGGGAAACUCUGGCUAAAGACUGACUUAGAAGUGGGAGGCUUUGCUCCAGGGGCCAAAAUGAAGCUGCCAACUAUAGAGAUCCCGGCGGUAAGUCUCCCGGAGAUGACUGUGGAGAGUCAGGCCAAGCUGAAGUCAUCCCGAUUUGCCCUCUCCAAAUUCAGUCUUUCUGGCCCCAAAGUCUGGAGCAAGGCAAGCCCAGAGGUUUCAGUGUCUGAAGUGGAGGGCACAGAAGCUGCUGACUUGGGUUCAAGGCUGAAAUUGCCAAAGUUUGGGAUCUCUUUCCCCAAAUCAAAACGGGGAGCAGAGGUAGAGGAUGCCAAAUUAGCCCCUGAGGUUGAAGGGCAAGUGCCCAAGGAAAGGCUCAGCAAAACUACUGACAGCAGAAUGAAGUUGCCCGUGGUGGAUGUGGAUAUUGGCCACCCCCGAGGCAAGGAGGAAUGGUCUGGCACAGAUGGGGAGGGAACCACUCCUGAGCUCCCGGGUCUCAAGUUUAAAGGGCCCAAAUUAUCAUUACCUAGGUUUGGGGGCAAAGGCAAGGAGGAAGAGUGGAGCUGCCUAGAGAGUGGGGAGGUAAAGCUGCAAGGCAGCAAGGAGGGUUUGGCAGGGCAGGUGGACCCCAGGAUGCCGGAGAAGGAUGCCAAGGCUUCCAAGUUCAGGAUAGCUUCUUUGGGCCUGACGAGAAGAGAGGUGGAGGCCAAAGGCAAGAAAGUCCCUGGCAGUCCAAAGGAGAAGCCAAAAAGUCAAUUUGGGAAGAUGCCCAAACUGAAGCUUUCCUCUCUGAAGGCAGACGAAGAUAAAGGGAAGCUCCAUCUUCCAGCUCCAGAACCAGAUGUGAAAGGCUUCCCCCAGGUAGAGUUUGCAAAGCGUGACACCAGAGCUGAACCAGGGCUGACCUCAGAGCCAGAGCGUCCCGGCUUCAAGAUCCAGCUGCCAUCCGUGGAGAUUGCUGUGCCUAGUCCCAAAACUGAAGGGGAGGUGACUCUGGAGAAGCUGGCAGUAGAUGUAUCCAAGGCUGGGAUCCAACAGUACGAAGGAGAGCUCAAGAUCCCCAGAGUGCCUUCCAUUGAUAUGUCCACUCCCACCCUAGAGUUGGAUAUUGGUUUGCCCAUGACUGGCAAAGAAGAGGGCAUUCUACAGGCAGUCCCUAGCACAGAUGCCAAAAUCAAGCUGCCAGAGGUGGAGCUGGCAAAGCUUGGGAAGGGUGAGGAUGGCAGGACAGAAGCAGCCAUGCAGCUGCUUGGGCAUAGGCUCAUCUUUGGGCAGGAAGGAGAAAAAGACCUAGCAGGGGUGGCUGAAGCCUCUGCCCUGGGCACCAAGAUACGGCUGCCCAAAGUGAACAUUUCCUUGCCCAAAGCCUGGUUGUCAGAUGUAGAACUGCCUCUGGCUAAGGAGGAGCUUGGCCUGGAAGGACCAGAAGUGAAGUUCAAGAUACCUUCAAUGGGGCUGCCAAAAUUCAGUGCCCCAAAAGUGAAGGCUCCUGAGCUAGAGCUUGAUGUGGGUUCAGAGGGAGGGAUGAUGCCCAAGGUCAAAAUAGGUGCUCCUUCAGUGAAGUGGCCCAGAUUUGGGGCCUCUGGCUCAGAGGGAGAAGGGGAGGGUGAUGAGGAGUUGCCCAGGGUCCCCCAGCUGGAGCUGAAAGCUCCCAAACUCAGAGGAAGCACAGAGGCCUUGAGCUCCGAAACGGUGGUGAAAGGAGGCAAACUCAAGAUGCCCACGUUACCUCUUGGCCGUAGCAAGGUGGAAAUGGAAGCUGGGAUGGGAACCGAGGAGAACAAAUUCAAGCUGAAGCUCCCAUCCCUGAGCAUCUCCAAGCUGGAUACAGAGCUGAGCAUGGAUACCCAGCCCCUCUGCCCCCCUGCUGAGGAGGCAGAACUUGCCUUCAAGGUGCCCCAGGUUGCUUUGCCCGAUAUCAGGUUCUCUGUCAUGGAGGAGAGGGAAAAAGAGGCCAGGGUAGAAGCAGGGAAAGGGGAAGGCAUAGCAGGCCUGGAGGUGGAUGUGGGAGGGCUGGAGGGCAUGAUGAAGAUGCCCAAAAUUGGUAUGCCCACAUUUGGGGCAAUGGGCACCAAGGGGGGCAUGGUGACCACCAUUUCUCAAAGCCAGAGUGGUGCAGGUGGGGGAGACUUGGAGGGGAAGAAAUCGCUUUUUAAGGUCCUGGGCUUGGAAAUUUCUACCCCAAGUCUCAAAACCCAUGCUGAAUAUGAAGUGGAGGGGGCUCAUACCCGGCAGAGGGGCUCCCUAGGCCUGGAAGGUACUGGCAGGGAUGGCUGGAAGAGGACAGAAGACCACUCCGAUGCAGAAGCUGGGAAGCGAUUCAAGGUGAAAAUCCCCAAGUUUGGCCUCUCCCUGCCCAAGGCAGGGCUGGAGGCCCCGGAAGGCUUCACAGGGCAGGAGGCAGAAGCCAAGAGGGGCCUCUUGGCCUUGGGGAGGCCUGGGGAGAAGGGUACGGAGGGCUCCUCUGGGCUCCUUGAGAGAGAGGAGGAGAGCCAGGCCAAGGGCACCAGGAUCAAACUCAAGCUGAAGCCCACCUUUGGGCUCUCCCUCUCCAAGACAAAAGGGGGGGGCGAACUCAAUGGUGAAGUAGAGGGGGCUUCCUCCAAGCUGAAGGUGCCCAAGCCGGGCUUUUCCAAGGUGGAGGGGGCCGCCCGGCUCAACGGAGAGAGGGUGGAAGUGCUGCUCCAGGAUGGGGCGAGCAAGCUGGGCAAAAUCCGGCUGCCCCAGGUGGAACUCUUGUCUCCCUCCAAGGUGACAGAGACUGACCCAGAGCUGAACCUCCAGCUGAUGAAGGCAGAUGAGGCCAAGGAGGAAGCCCACCAUGGCUCCAGUGUUUCCACAGCCCUCAAGGCUGCCAAGUUCAAGUCCCCUAGGAUCUCGCUGUCUGGCUUCAGGAAGCGAAAUGGGGAGCUGGCCUCUGAGGCCACAGCUGCACCUGUGCCCCAAGUGGAGGUGGCAUCUUUGGAAACUACCGCCAAAGGGGAGUUGCCCACCAAGUUCAGAUUUCCAAAACUGGCUUUAAGCCCCAGAUCCCAAGGGGUGCUGGAGAUCUCUGAGCACCAGCAGGACCAGGGGAGGCUGAACUUCAAGCUGCCUGCUGUGGCGUUCUCUGCAGAGAGCAGCCCCGACGAAGUAGUGGGGGACCCCGGGAGGCCUGAGGAAAAGGGGGGGGCGGCAGUGGCCGCCGCCGCUCCCUGAGAAAGCCUGCUCCCCGGCCUGGCUCGCACUUGUAACGUCCAGCACUAACCGUGAGGGGGAAAGCCCUGGCAGCGCGAGGGGCUGCUGGCUGGCACAAGCGUCGGGACGCGCCUCCGAUGGAGGCUUCCUGUUUUAACUGUCCCUCCACCACGGCCCUUCCCUCCAUGCUGGGUCUCUUUCUCUCGUGGCCGAUCAGCCGGAAGGGAGCCUGGCCGCGCCUUAAAGCAGGAAGCCUCUUCGUUCCGUCCCCGUCCGCAAAGAGAUGUGGGGCUGGCAG